CACACGCUCAUUGGUUCAAGGUCCCUUGAUGGUACAGAGAUCUUAAUACAGCCGCACAAGAUGGCUCUGAAUUCGUCACAAAUCCGGCAGGGCUUGCGUUGGGUCAACAACCAAGGGACCAUUUCGAAAUCGAUAACUUCAUUCUCCCGAGUGGAGUGAUGCCAGCAGACCCGAAGGACAAACGCUUCAUAUUUUUUACACCGCAGGGCGUGGAUAUAUGCGACGCUUCUGGCCAAUCCCUGGGACUUUCAGAGGCCACACGGCGAAAGGCAUUGAUGCCCUUGGUAUCAACAGCGCAAUCGAAGUCCAGUAAUCGAGCAGUCACAUUGCCGUUGCCCAGCAUUAUAAUGUCUCUGACGGGACAGCCAAGCCUGAAGGCAUUCCUCGCACUGUGGGAGCAGCAAACCGGUCUCUCUGUUGACAGAGCUCUCAAUUCCGCCGUCUCCCAAGAGAGAGAGGCCAUCUCUACAUUUUCGGAUACAUCCUCGGUGGGACUAUUUUAUUUUGGCUUUAUUUUUGUUUUUUUGCGCUUUUUCCGUGUGUAUAAAUAAACAAACGCCUGAAAUGUCGGUGGGUCGUGUUUGAUUUUUGGGAUGAUUUUUUGCGUUGAUGGACCUUUCCCCGUUGCUUAUGUUCUCCGCUGAUCGUAUUCUUCCCCCAGAACUCUACCUUCGCAUU